CACCCGGUAAUCAUUUACUGUAACCACGUCGGAAGAAGCAUGGUGGAAAUGUCUGAGGCAGGAGUUACGCACGUCGUUUUGUUGACACACUGAUAUAAAUCUGUUAUUUCAAGAAUCGCAAGCUUUAUAUGUUCCGAUUAUACUCCUGGCUUGUUAAAGGCGUAUUUUCGUACAAACUGUUUCCAUUUUGUGUAUAAAUACUUGGGUAUUAAACAGUCAUAAUGAAGAUCAAACGUCAGAAGCAUGCAAAGAAAAGCAUCAUUUAUUAUAAGUACAACUUCAACUUUCGGCAACCUUUCCAAAUAUUAAUUGAUGGGACAUUUUGUCAAGCGGCGUUGAAAAAUAAGAUACAAAUAAAAGAACAAUUGCCAAAGUAUCUCAUGGGAGAAGUUCAGCUUUGCACCACGAGCUGCGCACUAAAGGAACUUGAGACUCUACCAAAGGAACUGUAUGGAGCAAAACUCAUUUUACAGAGGUUUCAAGUUAGGAAAUGCAAACACACCAAAGAUCCAGUACCUGCAUCACAGUGUUUGCUGUCAAUGCUUGAGGAAACAAAUCCACACCACUACUUCAUUGCAACACAGGAUUAUGAGUUGACUACAGCCCUGAAGAAGAUCCCAGGGGUUCCUCUGCUCUACAUUAUCCAGAACACCAUGGUUUUAGACAAACCCUCAGCUUCUACGCUGAAGCACGUAGAAGCUGUUCAGCUGGGGGAAAUAGUGAGCUCACCCCAACAGAAGAGCAUCCAAAGUCUGAAAGAAAAGGAGGGUUUCGGCAAAGACGGUGAGGAGAGAAGGGGCAAGAAACGCAAGAGAAAAUCCAGCAACCCGAACCCCCUUAGCUGCCUGAAGAAAAAGAAGAAACCAAUGCAACAACAGCCUAAAAAGACAGAAGGAGAGAAAAAGAAAAGGAAUAGACACAAGAGACGAAAGGCUGCUGGGGGACAGACGGCAGCAGUUAGUUUGAACCCUACAACUGCUUAGAGUCAAAUGCAUUUUUUCACUCUAUAGACUUAUUGACCUUCCGUAUUUGCCAGAUAAUCACUUGGUGUGCACACUGUCGAAAAUAAAGGUACACAGCUGUCACUGGGGCAGUACCCUUUAAAAGGUCCUAACAUGUACCAUUUAGGUACAAAUAUGUAUCUUUAAACUAUUAAUUUGUACAUUUGAAGAACUAAUAUGCACUCUUUGGGUACAAAGGUGUACCUUUUUCGAAAGGGUACUGUCCCAGUGACGACUUUUGUACCUUUAUUUCUGAGAGUGCAUAAUAAACACGUUUUUGUUUGUCACCAUUUUUUUGUGUUGUGUUAGUUUUUAUUUUUAGUCAUUUACAGGUUCAGACAUUGCAUGUUUACAAAAAGUGUAAAACAUUUUCAUUUAUAAUUUUUUUUAAUGAAAUUAAUGUAACUUUAAAUGAAUGAAAUCUUCAGUGGAAUUUACUUGUGUAAAGUGUAUGAGUGUGAGUGGAUGAUGAUGAAAAAUUAUAAAUUUUUAAAACCUAUUAGAAGUGUAAAAGAAGUUUGUGUUGAUUAAAGAUCAUGUAAAAGUUGUUCAAAUGGCCUUUCACCUACCUUUUUAUUUUACUUAACAUUAGAAGGCGGUACAGCCUCCAAAAGACAAACCACUUAAACCACUUGUGCUUUUAUGUCCAAUAAAUGUGUUAGGUUCUUCUUAAACUUGUCAGGAUUGUACCCUGAGUUUGUCAAAUUAAUCUUACACAAGCGCUUGCAGAUGUUUAUGUUUAUUAUGAUGCAAGAAUGUCAUCAUAUGUUUUCAUUUUCUUGAAACUAUAAGGUUAGUUUAG